GAAAAUACCAAAAAUGUAAAGCCUAUACAAGUAGAAGUAGAAGGCAAUAACUCAGGUUUACUAGAAUAUAUCAACAAAAACAAUCCUAGCUGGAAUGAACAAGUAGCUCAAGAAACUAAAGAACUUAAGAAAAUAACAAAUACAUAUAAGAAAGAACUUAAAGAAAAUAGAACAUAUGUGACAAAAGAAAAAAUUUCAUUGGUAAAAAAAAGUGACAAAAUAGCAACACUUAUAGAACAAGACAACAAUACUUUUACAUAUAAUGAAGAGGUUAUUGAAGUCAAUACACUUAAUGAAGAGGUUCUCAAAAUUAAUAUAUGUAAUAAAAAUAACAACAAAACAACAAUAUGUAACAAAGAGGUUUCUGAAACUAGUACAGGUAACAAAGACAACAUAGAAACAACAACUCAAAAUAAAUCAGAACAAGAAUUUCAUGCUAACAAAGAAGAAAACCCAUACUUGCAAGAUGAUAUACCUAUUACUGAUAGUGUGGGCUUACAAGAAAAUGAUUUAACACAAAAUAAACAAAAUAGACCUUUGUUACCUUUAAUAGAAAUAGACAACAAUAAAAAAAACAAAGAAACUCUACACUAA